CUGACAGCAUUUGGUACAGUCAGGUUAUCCUCCAUGUUUAUUUAUACUAGUAGGACAAUCUGAAAGCAUUGUGCACCUUCAGGUCAUCCUACCUGUUUAAUUUAAACUAGUAGGACAACCUGGAAGCAUUUUGCACCUUCAGGUCAUCCUACAUUUUAAAUCUAUACUAGUAGGACAAUCUGAAAGCAUUUUGCACCUUCAGGCCAUCCUACCUGUUUAACUUAUACUAGUAGGACAAUCUGACAGCAUUUAGUACAGUUUAAUUUAAACUAGUAGGACAACCUGAAAUGAACGACCCCGCCUUCCACGAGUUUCCUGUUUCCUUGCAGGUUGGCCUUGUCUGGUCAAAGGCUAUGGGAGUAAACCCAAAUAGAAAAUCCGAUAUGGAGACCCGUAUACUAAUAGGACAAUCUGACAACAUUUUGUACAGUCAGGUCAUCCUACCUCUUUAAUUUAUACUAGGACAACCUGACAGCAUUUUGUACAGUCAGGACAUCCUACCCAUUUAAUUUAUACUAGUAGGACAAUCUGACAGCAUUUGGUACAGUCAGGUUAUCCUCCAUGUUUAUUUAUACUAGUAGGACAAUCUGAAAGCAUUUUGCACCUUCAGGUCAUCCUACCCGUUUAAUUUAUACUAGUAGGACAACCUGAAAGCAUUUUGCACUUUCAGGUCAUCCUACUUGUUUAAUUUAAUCUAGUAGGACAACCUGACAGCAUUUCCCACCUUCAUGUCAUCCUACCUGUUUAAUUUAUACAUGUAGGACAACCUGAAAACAUUUUGCACCUUCAGGUCAUCCUACCUGUUUAAUUUAAACUAGUAGGACAAUGUGAAUGCAUUUUGCACUUUCAGGUCAUCCUUCCUGUUUAAUUUAAACUAGCAGUUUAACAGCAGAUGAUAUAGAUCUGCAGAAGAUGAUUGGUUGAUGAACACAGGUAAUCUCCGCACAAACACUUCUUUAAUGUCCCAGAUAUAACAAGAUGAUUAACUUUACUUUCCUUGUAGGUAAACAGAUGAUGACGACGACAGAUAACCACACCUUCAGGUCAUCCUACCUCUUCAAUUUAUACAGUCUCCAGUGGGUUCUGGACAAACAGGAUCUGAUGAAGGAGAGACAGAAAGAUCUGAAGUUCCUCACCGAAGAGGAGUACUGGAAACUACAGAUAUUUUUUGCCAAUGUGAUUCAGGCCUUGGGGGAACACUUGAAACUCAGGCAGCAGGUCAUCGCCACGGCAACUGUCUACUUCAAACGCUUCUAUGCCAGAUACUCUUUGAAGAGUAUAGAUCCUGUGCUGAUGGCUCCCACAUGUGUGUUUCUGGCCUCUAAAGUAGAGGAAUUUGGUGUGGUUUCAAACACGCGCCUUAUUUCAGCAGCAACGUCUGUGUUGAAAACAAGGUUUUCCUAUGCCUUUCCCAAGGAGUUCCCCUUCAGAAUGAACCAUAUUUUGGAGUGUGAAUUCUAUUUACUGGAGCUUAUGGACUGUUGCCUGAUCGUGUAUCACCCAUACAGACCUUUACUGCAGUAUGUACAGGACAUGGGACAGGAAGACAUGCUGUUGCCACUGGCGUGGAGGAUUGUCAAUGACACCUACAGGACGGAUCUUUGUCUCCUUUAUCCUCCUUUUAUGAUUGCACUGGCUUGCCUGCAUGUUGCAUGUGUGGUACAGCAGAAAGAUGCCAGGCAGUGGUUUGCAGAGCUGUCCGUUGACAUGGAAAAGAUUCUGGAGAUCAUCAGGGUAAUACUGAAACUCUAUGAUCAGUGGAAGAAUUUCGAUGACAGAAAGGAAAUGGCCACUGUGCUCAACAAGGUGCCCAAACCAAAACCCCCACCAAACAGUGAGAAUGACCAAAGCUCAAAUGGAAGUCAAAACAGCUCAUACAGUCAAUCUUAGAGCGCCACCUGGUGAAGGACUGGAGGUAGAGUGACAUCUAGACAUAGAGGACAGUGGAAAACAGAUUACUGGCACACACACAAUCUCUCUUUACUCGCCUCUGGGUUCUUCCACCCAUCAGAGCAGACGAAAUGAUGCCACCACGUUCUCUCAACCAGUCACAGCAACCCGCAUCAUUCUGGGGGUGGGAGGGAACCGAUGGUUUUGGGCCUAUAAGACAUCUGCUUUGAAUAUGUUGCCAGGUUUAAGGCUGUGAUGUUGUACACUUUGUACUAAUGGAGACACAAAUCCGCCACAGCUUUUUCUCCCAGAUCUUUAAAAAGUCGAUUGUCCUGACUUCCUUGAAAAGUCCCAUGAAGCUUUCUUUUAGCGAACGCUCUAUGGGGACAAAGAAAACUUGAUAAUUUUCUGUGUCUGAGAGCAACGAAUAGAGUGUGUGUGUAUAUGUGUUUGUACGUAUGUGUGUGUUUGAUCGCAGAUGUUUGUGUGCCUCUCGCUGACCAUAUCACAGUUUGUAUUCCUCAGGGAAACGGAUCAGUCCUCCUACAAAGUGGCUUUCUGUAAACUGUUUGGCCACAGGGCUAUGACUGCGAUCUUUUUGAACCCUUGUACUGUGUUAUCAAAUCCUGAUUGGAUGUUUUAUUUUAAGUAAGUGCGGAUGGCACUGUGAGUUGAAAUGCACAGGUGAACGAAUUUGAUCAUCCUUCCAAACUACAUUUGUAAAUAUGCUUUUCUCAUUCAUUUAUCCCUUAACUUUAGUAUUGUUUUCUUUUACUGUAUGAUUAUUUUUGUGCUUGCUAUUGAUUUUAUUUUCAUUUGUUGUUUUUGAAUUUAACAGUAGAUGUAUAUUUAGCUUCAGUACACAUGGUUUAGCUCUGUACUUAUUAAAUUUAAUGGAAGGUAAGAUGAAGAAUCUUGGGGGUUUUGGGCAGAUGACCAAAUUUAUUGAGGAAGUGGAAAUCUCCCUCAUGGGUGUGGCUAUCAUAAUUCCCAUCAUCCAUGUUGAGAUCAUCAGAGUGAUGAACACGUAUCAUAAAAUGAUUUUUAAUGGACAGGUCCUGUGUUCCUGAAUGCCAUUUGUUUUUUCCAUUGUCGUUCACUGUGGUAAGUGCUUUAAAAUGUUACCACAUCUUUAUUGAGUGUACUUGCAUAAAUGCAGCUCUUUCUGUGAUGCCAUGUUUGUAUUGUUUACUUGUAAAUAGAUGGCGUAGCACUGGGAGGACUGGGUUUUGUUUGUAUGUUAAUGGAGCUCGAAAGCCUUAUUGAAUAAAAGCUGCUGUUAAAAAAAA